UUGCCUUCACUGCAGUUUAUUUUGCAUGUGAUAUUGAGGGUGCUCCAAAACCAGAGAGAGCGAGAGGAGAAAGUGUCCCUGCUGCUUUCAUCUUCUGUGUUUUUGUUAAUUUGUUUGUAGAGUGUGUCAAACAUUUUUGUUUGUUCAUUUUGAAGAGAUGGCUCUCAUGGGUAUCAGCCACCAUCAAUUGGCAGUUGCAUUUGGCGUCUUAGGUAAUAUCAUCUCCAUUCUUGUGUAUCUUGCUCCUGUGCCAACAUUUUAUCGUAUUUUCAAAAAGAAAUCAACGGAGAGCUUCCAAUCCUUGCCUUAUCUUGUAGCGUUGUUCAGUUCAAUGCUAUGGCUCUACUAUGCAUUGCUUAAAGGAGAUGCCUUUCUCCUCAUCACCAUCAACUCCUUUGGAUGUUUUGUAGAGAGCAUUUACAUCACUAUGUACAUUGCUUAUGCAUCAAAAGACAGCCGGAAAUCAACUAUCAGAACAUUUGCUUUAAUGAACUUGGGAGCCUUCUUUUUGAUCCUCAUCGUUACACACUACCUUAUUCAUGGUAAUACUCGGAUCCAAGUUCUUGGUUGGAUUUGUGUUGCCUUCUCUGUGAGUGUUUUUGCAGCACCCUUGAGCAUUGUGGCACGAGUUAUUCGAACCAAAAGUGUUGAGUUCAUGCCAUUCAACUUAUCAUUCUUCCUUACGUUGAGUGCAGUUAUGUGGUUCGGUUAUGGCCUUUUCCUGAAGGAUAUUUGCAUAGCUCUCCCAAACGUUUUGGGUUUCGUCUUGGGAUUACUCCAGAUGGUCCUUUACACGAUUUACAGGAACACCCGUAAGGUCAUAGAGGAGAAAAAGCUACCUGCAGAACCCUUAAAGAACAUUGUUAUACUCAGCGCAUUGGGAGCUUCUGAAGUAUAUCCCGUUGAUAUUCAAGUUGAAACCAAAGUAAAUGGAGAUAUUGUGAAUGAAGAUGCCAAAGAGAAUGAACAAAUAGAGGAGCCCCAGAAACCUGAGAAAACCUUAGAAGUCAUGUCAAAGGAUGACGUCCAAAAAAAUGAAUUAUGUGCAGCCGUUUAAUUCCUACCUACUUCUCACAAACCAAAGAAGCCUUGUCUUUUUCCCUUUCUUGUUAAUUUUGCACUGUAUGUAUGAAUCGAAAAUGAAAGCUUAAUUAAGCUACUCUCAUAAGCGUCCUUUGUUUUUAUGUAUACUGUUCAGUUUACAUAACAAAUACAGUGACUGUCCCAGUUUGUUUUUAUGUAUACUGUUGAGGAUCUUAAUAUAUGUUGCCGCUUUCAAGAUAGA